CGCGGGAAAACCGUCAGCUCGUGCCAAACAGGUGUUGUGUGCCCAAUAUCAACCCCCUGCCGAAUUAUUACCCCCCUAGUAUUGGUAGGUUUAGGAUCCUGUGAGGUAAGUCAUUCUGUCUACUGCUACGCUGACUGAAUAAUAUCUUCUGCAGGUCCGAGCUUAUAUAUUAACACUGCUUUUACCUUUUAUUCUUACUAUUCUAUCUGAAAUGAAACGCCUGUCAUGUUUACGAGUAUGAGUAAAAGUAAACGCGUUCUUUCUGUGGAAAACUCGUAAAUAAUCUGCAACCACAGCUUCGCUAAACACAUCUAAAUCACUCCACUCUUACUGCUGCUCUAUUCACAUAAACAAUGGUGUCAGACAUUUAUUUUUCUCACAAAUGUAUAGUAAAUUCACAGUUAAUUACAAAGAAACAGCGAGUGACACUGAAUUAAGCAUGACAUUUUUAAGUAGAAAAUGUAAAAGUAUUUUUUUUUUUUUUUUGUACUCGAUUUUUUAAUGUACUCCAAUAAUAACUUUUUUUUUUCAUCAUGUGUAUGUAUCGUUUUAAAUUCUAAUGCAAAAUAAUGAGUAAAAAAUGUGGGUCCAUGUAUGUGUUUUAUUAUUAUUAUUCAAUUCAUGAACGUGCUGUAAAUUGAAUCAGUAUAUUCCAUCAUAAUUGUGAAAUAUAACAUACAACUUAGUUUUAUUGUAAAUGAAAAACUAAUAAUAAUAAUAAUAAUAAUUUAAUUAUGUUCAAGAUUUUGUUUUUCACUGGCAUGCCCCCAUCUCGAAAACUCUCAAAAAUUAAGACCUUCACUCUUAAUUACAAUAUCACCAGACUAUCAAGUAUCCCACAUGCAACAUGCUUGACCUUCUAUUUCUAGUUUGGCAUUUUUCAACAUAUUUUUCUUGACAUUAUUUAAACAAGACUAAUCGAUUUCAGAUAAAACAACAUGGAUAAACAACAACCACAGAACAACUAGUAAUUUGCAAGAUGAUGCCACUCCAACUUUAACAUCAUGAGGUCACGUGUAGCAAUAUACAGUGCUGUUAGGAGAUUUUCAUCUGAAUUUGAGUAACAUCUUUAUAACUUUGUUUAUAAUGUUGUGUACAGUAGUGCAAAUUCAGGGCUCAUCUGCAUUUCUGUAUAUAGUAUGCAUCAUCAAUAAGGUGUAUAUUGAAUUUGAUCUCGGUACAUUAGUGCUUACCACAAUCCUGGUAAAAACGUAACUUGCAGGCAGCAGAGGAAAGCUUUGUUUUGCUUCCAGACUUUUGUUUAAAGUGAAAGUGCAGUAUUCAGUAAGUAUUGAGCUAUUGUUCUGUCCAAACACAGUUACGGAGACACAGAUAAGAAACAGAUCAUUCAGACCCUGGUCUUUGACUUUAAGUGACUCAUUAGAAAAGUCCAUGCCAUCUGAAUCACUGCUCAGAUUCUAAUGAACUGAAAUCAGUGAUAAACAAGCCAAAAAUGCUGGUGGGGCCCCUGUUUGAGUCUUUUGGAUUAGCACACACCCGAAAUAAAAGACCAUGCAGAAUACUCAUCUACAGCUGAGAGCAAGGAUCUAGGCACAUUUAACAGGAAUGAUCAGAUUGGUCACAUAAAUAGGGAUUUCCAAAGUCUUUAAAGGUCACCUUUGUCAUCAUUCAAUGUUGCCAGGCUGGGUGGGUUCCCCUCCAAGUGGGCUUCUUUUGGUAAUAUCCGACCGGAAAAAAAAAACAUGCAUUGGGUGGAUUGAUAAAAUCUGGGAUGUUUCCAUAAAUAUGGGACAGACGACAGAUAUAUCAUUUGCACGUGCCAUUUUAUACGCUGAGAACGCUUUCUGUGAGCUCACACCCACAGAGCCACAUCUGUGAGCACACAACUACAGAAGAAAGUUGUGUUGCACCUUAAAAUGAUGUAUUCACGUAAACAGUAGAUUUAUUCUAAACAUUUUCGGUUAAAGGCUAUUAAGUAAAGAAACAAAACAUAUGUGUAACAGAUCCAUGCAUCUGUCUGUCGGUCUAUCUCUCUCUAUCUGUUUAUAUAUCUGUCUGUAUGUGGUUAAACAGAGUGAUCAUUAAUAUGAGCACAUGCACACACAUAUAUUUAGGGCAGGUUGCCAGUUUCCCACAGCUUGUAUCACAGUUGUGUUGUCCUCACUGCUUUCACCGUGCCAAACUAUGUGAACUGGACUUCCCCGGCGGUUCCCUCUAAAACAAGUAUGAGGUCGCUAUGUGGCCUAAAUGUCACUACACCUUCCUCCACACCCUCCCCUUUCCUCUGAAGAACAUUGUUGGCACGUCGCGGCUCUGAUUCACAGCAGCUGGCAGGAAAGAUAUUCUUACUGGACACUUACAUAAGCACCCAAAACAUGUGACAUUCAGCACAACAAUUGAGCACAACCAGAUGAGGGAUGUUUUUGAGUUUUACAGUGGUCAGUUUGCAUAUAGCUGACUUAGGGUGUCACAAAUGCACAGUGACUUUUAAGCACUCAAAUUAGCAGACAUUCAACUCAAGGUUUCUGUCUUAUGCUGCUUAUUUACAGUUUAUAGCUGCAACCCAUAAACCCUACCUGUCCAAACUGCACAUACUGGUGGAAGGGAAACACGGUAGACGAACACUCUUUGACACAAGACAGAGAUAGGAGGAUAUUAUGAUGCACAAACACAUGGAGCAUAAUGCAACACAACCCACAACCUAAAGUAGUGACAGGACAGAUCUCAUCAUAGAUACACUAUUGUGAAAUCUGGAAACAUUUCCUGAUAAUUUCACUCAUUUUAGCCUGGACAGAAUUCCUUUCAGAUGCUCUGAUUGGCUGCUGUGUCACAGGACUCCUCGGUGUCAUCACAUUCAGCUUAAAUCUGGGCCUAUUCAAGGUUUGUCCUGUUUAUUGACAAACUCAAAGCCUCCAUUUCGAUGUUCUGAUUUAGCCUAAAAAAGCACUAAGUGGGGAAUGUUUUCCACCCACACACUACAAACCUGUUUCUGCUCGCCCACUGAAUUCCCCAAAAUGUGUAAAGUCUCAUAACAUCUUUAAUUAUACAUAAUCAACUUAACACAGGAACUCAUUUCAUUUCCGUCUCAUUGUAUUUUAAUCUUUAACUUUAUCAGCAAUUAUCACAAUAAUGUAUCUGAUGUCAAGAGUCAUAUACAAUCCAUUAGUAAUGCGAGAGCAAAGGAGGAACAAAACGUCAUGUUUGAAGUUCUGACUGCUUUGUAGUUGUUUUUGUGAAACAUUAACUUCCCCAUUCUGAGGCGAAGCCAUAUGAAAUCCCAAACACACAUGACGUUAGUGCUCGGCAGCUGUGAGUGUGACCUUUAGAUGAAACUUAGACUUUCCCUGGCUAACCGUCAGCAUAUGUAAUAGCCAAAACAUACCUCGAGAGAUUUAUACCUGGAAUACACUCAAAUCUAUCUGCAUUAAAGCUAGCAUGACUUUGUUGUGGGCGUUCCAGAAAUGCUAAUUAGGAGUACCUCAAGGCAUUGCAUACAACAGUUGUAGCUUGAUACUUGAAAAAAAGAUGCAUGGAUGAUUGUCAUUGCCAAAAUCCAUUUCACAACAGGUGAGGACGAGAUUAAUCUACUGAGAGAGACGAAUCCACAUAAACUCCUGAACUGAUGACUAAGCUUCGAAAAUCCUGUUCUGAUUUGAUGAAUGUGAAACAAAUUACCUGCAAUACAUAGUUACCGAUGGAUGUAUUGCUGUAUGUUUUAUUUUAUUUAAGAGCUGGGUUUUCCAUAAUGUGUCUUGUUUACUUUUCCCCAAAGUAUGAUCUGAUCACGGGUCUGGAAAUUAAAACAAAAAGACCCGUCCACAUUCAGGAAGCGCUGCAGAGUCACUUUCAAAAGGGAAGCUGACAUAUAUCGACGAGAGUAAAGCUCUCAUGUGAUAAAUCUGUUACAGUUACAGAUUGAAAGUCACUAAUACUCACAAGAGAUAGCACUGUAAUAUUGCUUUGUUUCAUCUAGACCCUCACACACACAUACACACUCAAUCAGAGCCAAGAAAGAUGAGAAAAAACACAUUGUCGAACAGGACAGUGAUGUCAUACCUGAAGUGUCAGGAGUAAAAGGGAACUGAGAAAGUGAUUGGUACUGUAGGCGUAGUGCUGCUGCUACACCUUUGCCGAUGACAUCACUUCCUGUAAUGCCUCAGGCUCGGAUGCACAGGUUUUCACAUGCUGGUGCCAUAAUCAGGCCCUUCCUCUUCCAGACACAAGGAUCUAUUUUUAGCACGCUAUGAAAAGCGAAAUUGCAUUUGGUCACUUUUAUGUUUUUAAAUCGGAGCCACUUUAAUAUGUAGAAAUAAAUACCAUACACGUUCCAUUGUGAAUGGACAUCUGGAAGUGACGUGGUGAUCGAAAUAAAAUAUGUGCAUCACAGUGUUGGAAGAGGAACAUGUGCUUUUACUUAAUUAUCUGUUGAGAUUCACCCAUUUAAAAGUCUACAGAACAAAUCAGUAUACAUUAACACAUUUAAUCAGAAGGUUUUUGCUGAGAAACAUUAAUUCAGUGUUAGCCAUGGAGUUAAUCUCUUAAAUGACUUUUUGCAACACAAAACCCGAAGCUGAUCUGGAACAAUAUGACAGAGACCUGUCAAAAGCCUGUGAAAGAAACACAAGUUUGCCUAAAAUCUAUAGAUAAAAACAGGUCAAGCAUAUCAAUAAUUUAGGCUAGUUCAAACACUUGCUGUUAGAGGCAUACCCAUUUGAGCGGAGAGGGGAAGCUGAAUUGCAUUUUACUCGCCAUCACUUGCAUUGGAAAUAUUUCAUAAUUUUUGCUCAUGAAGGAAAGAGUAAUACAGUAUUCAGAAAUUAAAAGAGUCUACUUUUAUUCGUGUGCACUCACAAUAUCAACAAAACGGUGUGCUUUUAUAAAAUAAAGAAAAGAAAAAAACCAGGAGGCUUUCUGCUGUUUCGGUUUCUGAUGAACCGAAACUCAGCAAAUACUUGCCUCACUGACUUGAAUAAAGCUAUAGAAAGCUUGGCAUUAUUACUUUAAAAUGAAAACAAAAAUUAUUUCAUUAUAAAAUCCCUAAAGAUGAAUUUCAUUUAGCGUUUCCAAUUAGGCCUACACAAUCUUAUGAUUAUUUUGCCUAUUAUUAUUAUGUUACUUUUAUUAUUAUAUUAAAAUUAUUGUACACAGCAUUAUGUAUACAAAACUGGCAGGCUGUUUUGAAAUAAACUCUAAGACCAAAUACCAUUACUUUUAAAUGCUAAAUUACAAAAUGUUAAAUAUCAAAAUAAAAUUGAAGAUGAAUUACAAUGUUUCAGUGUUUUGUUCAUGUGAAUGAGUUCAGCAGCUCCUGUAUAGGCCCUUUGGUCUGUGCCACGUUUUGUAAACACAAUCCGAAUCGAGAACUUUAUAUCUCGGUGUAAGUGUGUACACAGCUUUUACAACAGAUUAUGCUAAAGCCUCUCAAGUCUUACACAAACUGAGUGAAAGAACACUAUGAAAUGAAAUGCUGCAGUGAGAGGAUAAAUGUAGUAUGAUAUUCCAUGAAUUAACGAGCGGAAUACGGAGCCAGUCACAGAAAUUCACACUUUACUCUCCUCCCGAUUUCCACCUCCGUUUGCGCAAAACCGAAAGAAGCGGAAAGUCAGACGGGUUUUCUCUGAACGUCCCUCUUCGUGUCUGGGUCUCUCUUUCUGUCUCCCGUGGGCGGAUGAGGAGGUGACGAGGGAAACCCGUUAGUUCCGCCUCCAGCACUUCUGCAUAAAAGAGUGCACCUGCUGUGGAUGUAUCACUUUAUUUACACGCUGUUUCUCGAGAUGUCCGCGUCCACAGAUGUCGAGAGCCAGUCGCCCGCUGCAAGCUCCCGCAGCCGGUGUCUGGACACCUUCCUCACCGUGUCCGUGAUCGCGCUCUUCUUCAUGUUCGCGGUCGCGCUCGCGGGCGCGCUGUACUUCGCCAAACACAUCGAGGACGAGAUAAACAAGCGGACGACGCGACACUUAGACGGAUCCGCGGACGCGUUGGUGGCGCCGUUCCCCGACACCGGAAACGCAUAUAAGAUGCAGAAUUUUGCUUACCUGAGGGCCACUGAAAGUGAACUCAAAUCAGGUGUGAUGGCGUGGGAAUCUAUUGCGUAUGGAAGAGGUCAAACCAUCGGCUCUCUCUACAGCUAUGAUAAAAAACAGAAUGUGCUGAACGUGAAUGAGAGCGGAAGCUACUUCCUGUAUGUGCAGCUCACUCUUUCCUGUGCUGGAAUAUGUAAAUCUGAUCGAUUUGACCAUUUCACGGUCAGCUUUAAUAAUCGACUCAAUAACGUGGAGCUCACCUGCACCGUCUCACUGCCUGAAUGGAGGGAAGACACACCCAUUACCAAGACGUGUUGGCGUGUCGUUACCUUUCCAGAAAAUGGAGACCGUCUUGUAGCCAAAUCCCAGUUUAAAGGCUCAUCAGACUGGAAACUGGACAUGAAUGACUCUGGCUUUGGGAUGUUUCUGGUGGACGGAUUACAAGCGGUACAUCACACGUGAUCACGAGAGGAACUGCUUUCGGGCUGCUCGUUUGAGUCACGUAACUGUGAUCGACUCAGGACUGUUUCUAAUGCUGCGAUGAGCAGGACUCCACUAACGUCAGCAGACUGUCUUGGCUUAUUUGGCAAUGCCUUCAGAUACCAGAAAGAGUGACUCUUUAACAUUUUAGCCACAGUAUUCAAAUGCAUUCUGCCAAAUAUUGCAGGUUUGCCUCUACAACAAAAGCUCAGAAAAUGCAAGUCUGGACUUGAACGGAUAAGCAAUGCUUCUUGAGCACUAUUUAUAAUUUAAAUAUAUUUAUAUGCGUUUUACAUUUUAAAGAUUUGCAAUAUUUAUAUUCGUAUUUUGUGUAUACUGUACAAAGUGUGUGUGUAAAACCGUUGUAGACAUCACUACGUGUGCGAGGCGUCUGACCGAACCCUUUCCUUCUCUGAUUGCAUGUACUGUAUUAUUCUACUGAUGUUUAGGUGCAUCACAGAAAUGAUGAGUGAACUUUGACCCGCACAUCAACACUAGUGCCUCGGGGUGGUCUUUACGCUUGGCUGUAUGUUGAAGAACUCAAAAAGCUGCAUGUCUUCACAUCUCUUCAUGAACAUGUGCGUCUGGUGUGAAGGAAAGCACCGUAUGAAUGCUAACAAACUCAGGAACUCUCGAGAUGAAUGUAACAAUGAUGACAGUGUGUGGAAUGCUUUAUUUUGUUAACUGAGAAUAUUUAAUAAAAUACAAAAUGUUCAUUUUACAUAA